AAGCACAUCGUAUAGACCAAUCUUGGCCAUCUUAAUAAAUUAUCAAGAUUGGAAAUGGAGAACAGAUUGUCUGAGGCAGCUCGGACAGGCAACGUAGGAGCAUUGCAGAAACUGCUUCAAGAAAAUCCUUUGAUUCUCGCUGAUUUUGCAUUGAUCUUUCCAUAUGAGAAUCCUCUCCACAUUGCUACUAAGGCCAGACAGCUUGUUUUUGUACGAGAAAUUAUAAAACACAAUCCUGAAUUUGCUAGCGAAUCAAAUCAAGAUGGGUUUAGGCCAAUGGACAUGGCUUCAACUUUUGGGUAUGUGGAGAUAGUCACAGAGCUUCUGGGAGCAGGGCCUGAAAUCUGUCGUUUGAGCGGUAGAGAUGGAAAGACGGCACUUCACUAUGCUGCUAUAAAUGGGAGAGUAAUGGUCAUAGAUCAAUUGCUAUCUACAUGUGGAGCAUCUAUUAAAGAUGUUACCGCUUUGGGAGAAACUGCACUUCAUCUGGCUGUGAAGUUCUGCAAAUUUGAAGCGUUUAAAUGCUUGAUCAAAUGGAUAGAACAGCUACACAUGGAGGAGAUGGUAAAUUGGCAUGAUAGGGAUGGAAACACCGUCUUGCAUAUUUCAGUCUCUAGAAAACAACUCAGGAGUGUAGAGCUACUGCUGAAUAGCAGCAAUAUUAUUAGUAGCUCAUUGGAACUGAAUGCAAUGAACUCGAGCGGUUUGACAGCAAUGGAUAUCAUGGACAUAGUAACCGAAGGUCCCAGCGACAUCCAACUCAGAGAAGUUCUCCAAUCUGCCGGAGCACUUAAAGCUUGCAACAUCAAUGGCAUAUCUAUAACUACUUCCCUUCAGCAAUUCACAACCAACAACAACCGAACCUAUCAGGAGUUGCUUCCUCUUCAAGAACCUUCAAAGGAUUGGUUUAAAUAUUUUAAAUUUCAACAACAAAGAGAUUCUCCAAGUGAUGUGCGCAAUACAUUGUUAGUGGUGGCAGCACUUAUUGCAACAGUGACAUUCCAAGCAGGUGUGAACCCUCCAACCGGCUUUGCUUCCCCAGCUCCUACACCAGCACCACCACCACCACCACCACCACUAGCAACACGAACAGCACCACCACCCCCUGCAUAUCAUCCAUCUCUAAUUCCUGCUUUAGCUACAGUCUCUGGAAAUUUAGGCUCAUUAGCUCCAACUCGGUUUUUGUUUUUGUUUGCGAACACUCUUGGCCUUUUUGCAUCACUGAGCAUUAUAAUAUAUCUCACAGCUGGAUUUCCUUUCCAAAGGGAGCUACAAAUCUCUAUAUAUUCAAUGAUGUGUGCUUAUGGCUUUUCAACUGCCCAUUUCCAACCACAUGGAGGCACUCAUUCCCUAGUUUUUGCGAUUGCCUCUGUUUUGCCCUUUUUGUCUCGGUGGCUGCCACGAUGGGCAAAAAAGGCUUGGAGAUUUUGGAAAAAUUCGUCGCGUAGAGAUAUCAGGCUGCCGAGAAUUUGACAACAUUCUCAUCUUUUCUUCGAAAUGGCUUGGCUAGUUCUACUAUUACCAACUACUACGCCAAUAAGAAACCAAAGACUCUGCAUAACCUUGUAGCUUGACCAAAAGUUUUAUUAGAGAUUGUUGUGUGUUGGUGUAAAGAGGUUGACGUGUUGAAAAAAUAAGCUUGUUUUUAGUAAUUUGGGAGUUGUGUUUUCUUAUAUACAUUAAGUUUAUGCAAGUAAUGCAGAAGUGUUGUGUUAACAGAUUUUUUAAUGGUAUGUUACUGUUUAGUUGUGUUUUCAACUCUAUAUAUCACUUUGUAAUUUACUUAUUUAAAAUAUAAGUGAAUAGUUUUUCUUCUCUUAUUCUCCUUCAAAUUGUACUAGUGUAUGUUAAAAAA